AGUUCAAACCCUAAUUUUAUCCAUUCCUCCAUCACUCACAAAUCUCAAUUCUCUUCUAAGCCUGCCGCCGUCGCAGCCGCCAUCACAGCCGCUCGCUGCUGUCACAACCUGACCGUGAAGGUGUGAUAGUCCACGCUCUGAAAUCGGAAUCAACACAGAGGAAGUCUUGAGAUUGAUCCAGAGUUUUUGAACGGCGCUUUGCUCGGAUUUGGGAUAAGCGAGAAAUAGUAUUCAAGGGAAGUUUUGUCAAACAUGGGUAAGAAGAAGAUGAGCGAAAAGGAUGGGCAUGAGAGAGGGAACAAACAGGUUGAAGAAGGCAAAUCCGCUGAGAAGGUAAGUGAUGGUUUAGAUCUGUCUACUGUAAACCUGAAUGAUGUUACCAAAUCAAACAAUAGAGAUGAUAAUAAGAAUGAACAGGAGGAUCGAAUAAAGAAGAGGAAAUCAGAGUUCGAUUCAGAUGAAAAGGAAUAUCAUAAGAUUCACAAAAAGUAUAAGAAAAGUAAAUCUGUACUUGAGGUUGAAGAGAUUUCAAAGAAAACUGCAGAACGAGAAAGCACUGAGGCCAUCAAUUUGGAGAACAAUGGGGAAGCAAAAAGGACUAGAAAAGAUAAACACAGAAAGAAGAAGAAGAAGAAGAAACAAGAGCUGGAGAAGGUGAAUGGUGCUGUUGCUGAUGAAAAAGGUACCAGUAAAGGGAAUUCUGCAGGCAAUGAGGUAGAAUGCAGAAAAUUGCGAGAUACUGCUAGUGAUUUUGAAGUUGGUAACGGACACAACAAGAAGAAGAAAUCAAAAUCAGUGAUCAAUGAUACUGAGGAACAGAAAAUCUGCACCCUUGAAGACACUAAUAAGAUUGCGCAGGGAGAGGAAGAGGCAUACCAGAAGCCAAAAAAGAAGAAGAAACAAGAGCCGGAGAAGGUGCAUAGUGCUGAUGAAAAUGGAACUAGUAAAGUGAAUUCAGCAGGCAAUGAGAUAGAAAGCAGAAAAUUGCUAGAUGCCGGUGGUGAUAUCGAAGAUGGUAAUGGACGCAAGAAGAAGAAGAAGAAAUCAAAAUCAGUGAUAAAUGAUGCGGAGGGUGGACUUCAUGAAGGUGAUCAGGUUGAAAAUGCUACACCUAAAGAUAAAUCUAAGAAAGUGAGCUUCCGUGAUCAGGUUGAGGUUUUCCCUUCAGAUAAUGCAAACAAAGGCUGCAAGGUUUUCCCUUCAGAUAAUGCAAACAAGGGCCGCAAAGACGGUUUAGUGUAUGGUAAGCGAUACUCGAAAGAAGAAGAUGAGCUUCUUAUGAAGGCAGUUGCCGAUUAUAUCGAGUCUCGUGGCUUAGGUGAUGAAGGUAUAAAUAUGGUUAUGAACUGUGGAGCUCACCCUGAAGUGAGAAACUGUUGGAAGGAAAUUCAAGCCGCCAUUCCCUGGAGGCCGCUUAGUAGUGUGUACGGUCGAGCUCAUGUUAUUUUUGAAAGGGAUGAGAAGCAUCCAUGGACUCCUGAAGAGUUGGAGACUGUCAAAGAAUUCGUCGAAAAACAUGGACGGAAUUGGAGAUUGUUGGCCGAUUCACUCGGCAAGCAUAGGCAUCAUGUAAAAGAUACAUGGCGCAGAAUAAAACUGACCAAUGUGAAUAAAGGUCGAUGGUCUCAAGAGGAGUUCCAGAACUUAUUUGACUUGGUGAACGUGGAUUUAUCUAUGAAAGCUCACCAGGACAGGAUAUCCAAGCACGGAAUGUUGCGAGACAAUAUCUGUUGGACUGCUAUUAGCGACAAGAUGGAAACCAGGCCCUUUGUCUCCUGUUGCGUUCAAUGGUAUGGGAAGUUAACUUCUCCUAUGGUGGCUGAUGGUGUAUGGUCGGAUGUCGACGACUAUCGGAUGAUAGAUGCUCUUUCUAGCUUGGAUGCUUGCUGCAUGGAAGAUGUUGACUGGGACAAUCUUCUCGAGCAUAGGUCUGGAGAUGUAUGUCGGAAACGGUGGGGCCAGAUGAUUCAAAAUUUAGAUCCAAACAAGGACCUGUCAUUUGCUGAACAAGUUGAUGUUCUUGCUAAUCGUUACCGUCCCGACAUGAUUGAGGCCAGAGAGACCUAUGAUAACAAAAUUCCAAUUGAUCUGCCAUAGGUGUGCUCUGCUAUUGAUAUCUUCAGAACGUUUUAUCUUGUUUCUAGCACUGUUUUGUUAUCUUCAGAACAUUGUAUCUUGUUUCUAGCACUGUUUUAUUUA